AUGGGGGUCCGCGAGUACCGGGACGGCAGUACCAAGUCCUCGCUGGCGGUGAAGCUCCGCUCUCCGGAUGUGAGUCCCCGCAGGUUGUCAGACAUCAGUCCGCACCUCCGACAGCUCAACUACCUGGUGGUGGAUGAGUGCAUUAAGGAGGAGAAGUCGUCAAGAUCGUUCGAGGACCUGAACAGCGCCUGUGCCAGUGGCCUGACUUCCAUCGAGGAGCGUAUCCUGCGCAUCACUGGCUAUUAUGGUUACCAGCCCUGGUCUCUCCGCCUCCCCACAGAUGAACGACCAGAGGAGGCAAGUAAGGCCGGGAGUGGCUCAGCGCGGAUGGAGGCGAGCAAGGCAGGGGGCAGCUCAGUCCGGACGGAGGUGGAGGCGCAGGAGGAAGCCAGAGGAGGGAGGAGGAGCCGAUGGUGGAGGAGCGGCCCAGCCUGCUGCCGGUACCUGCGAGGCUUCUCUGUUGCACGGCUGAAGCAGGCCCUGUGGGGCUGGGCAGUGUUCCUGAGUGUCUGCUCGUCCUGGGCGGGCACCAGCCAGCUGGCCAAGAUCACCUUCCGAUCCUUUGACGCACCUUUCGCCGUCACCUGGUUCGCCGCCACCUGGAACCUCCUUUUCUUCCCGCUCUACUACAUCGGACACGCCUGGAGCGCCGAGGAGAAGCAGACGCCUCUGCAACAAUUCAGGGAAUGCUGCAGGUUCUAUGGUGAUGACGGCUUAACCAUCAAAAUAUUCUUCACCAGGGCCGCCCCCUUCUGCGUCCUGUGGACUCUAAUCCAUUACCUAUACCUGCUGGCCCUGAAGAAGAUAAGUGCCACAGAUGCCUCUGCUCUCUUCUGCUGUAACAAGGCCUUUGUCUUUCUGCUGUCAUGGAUUGUUCUACGGGACAAGUUCAUGGGGGUGCGGAUAGUGGCCGCCAUUCUCGCCAUCGCCGGCAUUGUGAUGAUCACUUACGCCGACGGUUUCCAUAGCCACUCUGUCAUCGGGAUUGCGCUGGUGGUGGCGUCAGCCUCCAUGUCGGCCCUCUACAAGAUCUUGUUUAAGAUGUUGCUGGGCAGCGCCAAAUACGGUGAAGCUGCCUUAUUCCUAACGGUGCUCGGCCUGUUCAAUGUCACCUUUAUAAUCUGCGUUCCCAUGGCUCUUUACUUCACCGGUAUCGAGUACUGGACCUCCUUCAGCCUCAUUCCCUGGGAGAAGCUGUGUGGGAUAGCAAUUCUUCUGCUCUCCUUUACCAUCCUGAUGAAUUUCGGGAUUGCCGUCACUUCUCCGACACUGAUCUCCGUGGGAGUGGUCCUCAGUGUUCCUGUAAACGCUGUGGUGGAUGCCUACACCAGCGACAUCAUCUUCAAUGGCGUGAGAGUGAUGGCGGUGCUGAUCAUCUGCCUGGGCUUCCUGCUGCUCCUGCUGCCCGAAGAGUGGGACCAGCUGGCUGCCGGCCUCAUCGGCCGCCUGCGGAUCAGCAAGAAGGAGGAGCCGGUGGAGGAGCGGUCCGAUCCGGGCUUUGUGGGUCAGAGCCGAAGGAGCAAGGGUUCCCGGACAUCAGCCGCCAGCUUCUCGCAUUCCUUCUAGUGGCACGGCGACGAUUUCAGAGGAAACUGUUUGUGGUAAAAGGCGGGAAGAUACAGACAGCUCAUGUUACAUAUGGGUGCCUAUUUCUUACUGGAUAUUUCCAAAGACACGUUGUGUGUCUGUGUACCACCGAUGAGGGUGUAUUCAUCACCGACUGCCGGAGCAAGAUGGUAUUUCAUUGAGUGGGGUAUUGGGUUUGUGGUGGGGCUGUGAGAUUGCUCUAAGGGUGGGUGAGGGUGCUCCACUCUGCCCGAUACACCUCGCCAUUCAGGUGCAGUGUUGAGAGGGCAUCGGCUGUAACCCGCGCCUCGCAGUGUCUGGCCACGGUAUCGAGAGGAUAUCGGUUCGACCGUGCACCCCUGCCUUCUGGGCAUUGGCACUUGGUGUCAGAGUGGGCAGGCAGUUUGCUGUUGACUUGGUGCCAAUCUCUGGGUGACGCCUCACACAGUCGAGAAGCUGCUUGACUUCCAGUCCGACCCCUCCUCUGUCCUGGUGGCCCUGCAGCCCAGGUUCACUCAGUGAAAUGCCGACUGUCCUCACUUGCAACAUCCCUUGAUUGCUUUUUGUUCUCCUUCCUGCUCCAGUCCCCCGAUGCUGCGUGUGUGACCUGGCGGUGCUUAAUUGUGAGGGCUGGGGUCAGCAUUCCCAUUGAAAUAUGCGUGGGUCUUCACAUCCCAAGUCUAAAUGCACGGUAAACCACUCGGAAGACCUGCAG